AUCGUAUCUGUGGUGGUGGAGAUCGACAGACACUUGCUUGACACUUCUGUUACAAUUUUAUCAAAAUGACUUCAAGAAAGAAGAAUUUUAGUUUAAUUGAAAGAAAUUUACUUAUAGAAAUAUUAAAAAAAUUUAAAGAUGUAGUGGAGAGCAAAAAAACUGAUAAUAUAAGCACAGCAAAGAAGAAGGCUGCUUAGGCGCGUAUUGCGGAGAUGUUUAAUGCGUCGACUAUUAUAAAUGAGUCGGCAUCAGGGGAACAAUUAAGGCGCCUUUGGCAAAAUUUGAAGACCCGUCAAAGAGAUGCCCUCACAAGAGAGCGCCAACAUAGAAUGGCCACUGGCGGCGGUAGUUCCUGCCCUGAUGCUGACAUCAACCCUGACAUAGCCGAGAUAUCUCCUGCUCUCUUCGUAGAAAUACAAGAUACUUUAGACUCGGACCAUAUCGACUUGCAAACUGUUCAGCAUGUGGACAGUUUAAUAGAAAGUACCUUAUCCCAUGCUGUUGAUUCUCCAACAGGGGAAUCACAAAAUCUGGAAAAUCUGACCACACAACCAAACACCAUCCCACAUAGCAGCAUUCAAUCUGUAGAAUCAGAACUAUCCACAAACGAAAAAAAACUUCGUGUGCAAAUUUUAAAAGCAGAACAUUUAAACAGGGAAAAGAGAGCAGCCGAACUUCACGAGUUACAAGUUAAAUUCAUCCAGGAAAAACAUAAAUUAGAAAUAGACAUUUUAAAACAGCAAUUAAGGGAAGCAGAAGCUAAAGCCGAGUUAGCAAAACAAAAUCAUCGCUAAUAAUAAAUAAUAUGUAUUUCUAUGGAAGAGAGAUGUCUGCAGACGAGCCUAGAGCAACUUUUAUUUCUUGUGUUUAUUUUAUUGUUGAUUAUAAUUGUUAUUAUCUCAGUAGUUUUAUAGAGCAACUUUUAUUUUUUGUGUUUAUUUUAUUGUUGAUUAUAAUUGUUAUUAUCUCAGUAGUUUUAUAGAG